GAAUUUUAUCUUAGUUUGCUACUUUGCUUAAAACUGGAAAAGUUUUGGGUUGUUGCAGGUUAUACAUGAUACUGGGUCCUCUCCUGGUAUGAAGAAAACAAUUGCAGACAUUUUUCAAACCAAUGACAGGGAGGAUGUGGACCAGAGGGUUGCUAGAUUCUUUUAUUGUAAUGACAUUCCGUUCAAUGUUGCGAGGUCCCCUUUUUGGACAGAUAUGGUUACUGGCAUCAAUAAUGUACCAAAGGGGUACAAAAACCCCAACUAUGAGAAGAUAAGAACUUCUUUGUUGGACAAAGAACAGAGCAAGGUGCAGCGUGCCCUUACCCCUAUAAUGCAAGAUUGGAGCACACAUGGAUUGUCUAUUGCUUCUGAUGGUUGGUCAAAUUUAAAGAACCAACAGUUGAUUAACACCAUGACUGUGUCAGGUGGUAGAGCUGUUUUUGUAAAUGGGCAUGAUGUUUCUGGAAUAGAGAAAACUGGACUCAAUAUUGCUGAGUUCAUCUUCAAGGCCAUCGAUUUUGUUGGGCCCUCCAACGUGGUGCAGGUUAUCACUGAUAAUGCAUCCAAUUGCAAGGCUGCAGGGGCAAUAAUUCAAGGCAAACAUCCACACAUCUUUUGGUCCGGUUGCUUAGCUCAUACAUUGAAUUUGUUGAUGAAAGAUAUUGGUAAGAGUUCCGAUCCAUCUCUAUCUUUCUUCAAUGAGAGCUAUAAUAAAGGCAAAGCAGUGGUAAAGUAUAUAAAGAAUCACGGUUCAUGUCAGUUUUUAUACAAAACCUUCUCUGAUUUGGAGCUUCUUAAAACAAAGAAGACUAGAUUUGGGCAUGUUUUCAUAGUAAUGCAGCGGCUGGUAACAGUACAAAGUUCUUUGGUUGCUAUGGUUCUGAGCAACCAUUGGGAGACCUUGAGAAGAAGCUCAUCAGAUCCAAAUCAGCAUGACACUAUCAAGAAAACUGUGAUGGAAGAGGAUUUUUGGAGCAAAACCAAGAGAGUUCUCAAAAUUACAAAACCCAUAUAUAAGAUGCUCAGGUUUUGUGACACUGAUCAAGCCAUUAUUGGGGAGGUUUAUGAGCAAAUGUACACCAUGUUGUGGAAGCUCAAAGAUAUUCUUGUAACUGAUCCCGUGGUUUACAAUUUGGUUCACCAGAUUGUUGUGGAAAGGUGGGACAGGAUGAACAUUCCUUUGCAUUGCCUUGCUUAUGUUCUUGUUCCCAAAUACUACACCCAUUCUUGGCUUUCAAAACCUGCUCCAGGUGGUGUGAGGAGAAUGAAACCUCAUUGUGAUUUGGAGGUUCAAAAGGGCUAUCUUGAUGCAAUUGAAAAAAUGAUUAUUGAUCUGAGUGAAGCUACUAAAAUAAGGCAUCAGAUGAGUGAUUUUGUUAGUGACAAGGGUGUUUUCGCACAGCCUCAAGCAAUUAAAGAUCGAGCAACCAUGCAAACCUUGUCAUGGUGGCACAUGUAUGGUGGGCCAGCACCUGAGUUGUAUUCUUUAGCACUUAGAGUGUUGUCCCAAGGUGUUAACACAUUUUGUGCAGAGAGGUGUUGGAGCACUUACUCAUAUAUCCAUAGUGUGAAGAGGAACCGGUUAAUUUGUGAUCGAGCGGAAAAGUUAGUCUUUGUGCACUAUAAUCAUAGGCUACUAUCGAGGUACAGAGCUGAUUAUGAGUCUUUCAAAAAUUGGGAUGUGUUUGAUGGAGAUGCAAACAUUGAAGAACCUAUGCCGACAAUGGGGGAAGGAGAAAAUAUGAUUCUUUCGGAUAGCGAUGAUGAUGCUAUCCAGGUUGUCAUUACUCCCACAUCAACUGCCCCGGGUUCUAGUUCUACUUCCAUUGCCGCAACUUCAUCAACUCUACCUCCAAGUGCUUUGACGGAAAAAACACACGCUCAAAUGCGACUUGAAAAAGCACGAGGAAAAAGACAAAAGAAAUGAGGAAAGUUCUUUGUUUUGGUGAUUGUGAAACCAUUACA